AUGUCUCAGCAGCAGAAGUGCGGCUUGGUAGAGUCCCACGUGUGGUGGCAGUGCUUUGAACCUUAUUUUGAAAACAGUAGAAAUAGGAGGGGAAGAAGGAAAACCACUAUAAGAUCUCAGACCUUAUUUAUUUCCAUCAGUUUGUUUCUAAACACACAAUUAAUCUGUACAGAUGCUGUACCAGUUCUUGGACUGACAGACCCAAGACUCUGCUACUUACUGGAUGGAUUCCUCUUCAUUUACGCAAUCAUCAUGACAGCCCUUUUUGUGAAAGCAAAGCUUAGCCAGGCCUCCAAACUACAGCUGCAACCAGGCCAGGAGGAUGUGUAUAAUAAACUGUCUCGUGGACAAAGAGAUGAAUAUGAUGUUCUGGGGGCAAAGAGAGGUGCAGACCCUGAGCUGGGUGGGAGACAUCAGCAGAGAAGAAAGAACCCGCAGGACACCGUCUACACUUCACUGCAGAAGGACAAGAUGGGUGAGGCAUACAGUGAAAUCGGAAUGAAGGGAGAGCAGAGGCGGCGAGCCAAAGGGAAUGAAGGUCUCUACCAGGGACUCAGUACAGCAACCAAGGACACUUAUGAUGCUCUUCAAAUGCAGCCUUUGCCCCCUCGCUAA